UAUACAGGGGUAGAAACGCUUUGUUUUCAGAACGAAGUCCAAAGCUAUUAUCGCAUUUCUCCAUAUUUCUUCAAAAAAGUAGCAGAUCUAAGCAAACCCCAGAAAGAGAUUAACUAUUAGAAAUGGAGGGAACAUCAGCUAGAAGAAGCGGCGGCGGGGUUAUGGAAGGAUUUUACAGACUUAUUAUGCGCCGUAACUCUGUUUACGUUACCUUUGUCAUCGCUGGCGCUCUCCUCGGCGAAAGGGCGGUGGAUUACGGGGUUCAUAAGCUCUGGGAGAUGAACAAUGUUGGGAAGCGUUAUGAGGAUAUUUCAGUUUUGGGACAGCGGCCUGCUGAAUAAAUUUGCAGUCAUGGAGCUUAUUUGAGCCUGAUACAGAAUCGACCUUUCAAUAAUUGUUUUGCAACUCUGCCAUGCUAUGGCCUUUUUUUAAAUAUUUGCUGUAGUUUUGGAGGAAAUUCGUUGAAUGAAAUAUGGUACUUAAAAUUUCUGUCAUAAGGGCUUAUGUGUGACACUAUGGGGUGAUGGGAAAUAAUUUUUAUUGUAUAAGUACUUUCUUGCAUUUUACAUGAAAGUAUGUUGACGAAUUUGAGAUGUUAAUUUGGGUUAUAAAUUAUAUUAGUUGUUAAUA